CUUCAGUACGUCGGGAUACCUUUAGCGCAGCGGUUGUAAGAAGGUAGUCGGAUGAAAGGCAAUCCGUUGGUUAAAGGACUUAUCAAAUGCGAUAGACUAAAGCACUAUAUUAAAAACAGUGAAGAGUUUAUGUUUCUGCCAUUUAAAAUAACAUAAUUUCUUAAGCAUGUAUUGACAAUAAAUAAAACAAAAUUCACACUCCUGAAUGAUAAAAUUUGAAAAAGUAAUGAAAAUGAUCGUUAAACUACAAUUGUUAAAAAAUUGAAAAUUUUUAAAUUUAAACCAAAAAUAAUUUGAAGAAAGUAAGUUUGUGGAGAAUAAAUUUGCUUAUCGACGUUAGAAUUUAAAAUUCCUAAUGUAGAAGAAGUGAAUUGUUGUUUAUACGCUUAUGGCUUUGCUAAUUUUAGAACAGAAAUGUUUAUAUUUCAGCAAAAAUUUGCAACUUGAAAGUAUUAAAACACAAACUAAAAAAAUGUGUUUAAAUAAACAGUGUAAUGCAUAGAACUUAAGAAAAUCAAGCAAAUAAAAAAAGAAAUGUAUGGAAAAUUCUAAAAUUAAAGAAUACAGAUUAAACUGAACUGAAGGUUAUACAAACAAUUUUUUUUCGGAUUUUUGUCCCAAAAUAAUAAUAAAUUGAAGUAAUAAAAAAAUAAUAACUGACAAAUUUUUCUGCAAAAAUAAAAACCACUCACAGCUAAUUUACUAAGCCGUUCCACAGUGAUUGUGAAUUCGAAUCGUAAUUUCAUAGAACCUAAAAAUGAUUACGUAAUUUAAGAAUAAAAUCGCUCUUCAUUCCGAAAGCAAAACUAAUAAAAUCCUCAACAUUCACCGCUGAGAAAAGUGUAAAAAUUUCCGUCUUUUUCCAAGGUUAAGUGCUGCGAAGUGGAACUCUCACAGGCUUAAGAAAAAUAAUCAGCAACGUCGAUAUGUUUCUUACUAUACAAAUAUUAUAAAGUGUUGUUGUGUUAUUUUCAGCAAAAAAAUCGUUUUUGAUUAAAAAAAGAAUUAAUAUCUUCGAGGUGUUAAUAAGGUUGCGUGUGAAAGCUGCUGUAAUUUACUGUUAGUAAAUUCAUAAUUUAUGCACAGCAACAAGGAGUGCGAAAAGUUGAACUUUUUAUUGACGGCAAGCAAUCAGCCAGUGUAAAAAAGUGAAGAAAUCUCAUGCUUAACCCCUUUCAUACAUAAUUUGCAUAAUAAUGUCUGCGGAAUGUUUUUUAUCGCGACUUCAAUUGCUGUUUGUGAAAGUUUUGCCUGCUGGAGUGUUGGUUGUUUUUCGCACAUACUAGAAUACAGAAUACCAGUAAAUUAAAAAACCAAAAACGCAAAACUUUAAAGUCAACAGACGCCCAAAGAGCAUAAAGGGUUUUACAUAAUUCCAUAAGACGCGUACAAAUUUUAAAAGUGUGAGUGAGUGCGGUGCGGCAAAACGUGAAGCAAACAAAAAUAGCUAAUAACAAGAUAUAAAUUCACCAGAAACCAGAAAGGUACAAGGCAACAACAACAACUAUAAAGCAAAGCAAAGUGUGCUUAUGUAAAUCAUGUCCAACGAAAAGGCGACAAAACGCAAUCUAGAGGGAAAAUUCAUCAUAAUACACACGCCCACCUAAAAAUCAGAAAGCCAAAUGUUAAACAAAUAAACAGGGAUUCACGUAUACUUACAAAUGCGGCAAUUUCUACGGCAUUGAAAUGAUCGACCCACACAUGUCACCAACGACGGCAGUGAGUAAUUUUGGGAGUAUAGAGCCCUACAAGGUCGACACUUUUAAUGAAUUUGAGAGCAGUGGCGGUGGGGGCGGUAGGGGCGAGCUGGAUGUCAUCAUCGCUAGUGAAACUAGUAGCGCUGCUUUCGGCGGCUUGGCGGAAAACCUACAAGAUAAUUAUUCCCAACUUAUCAGUACGACAUCGGCCAUUGAUUGGUGCAAUCAAUCACUGCUACUGUAUGGCAUAAAUAACUGUAGUAUAAAUAUUUACAGAGGAAUUAACGAUACAAUGGACGACGAGGACAUAUCAUUCAUCCUACCAUGGUGGCGCCAAGUGCUGUGGUCGAUUUUAUUCGGUGGCAUGGUUUUGGUGGCAACAGGCGGAAAUUUAAUUGUCGUUUGGGUUGUUAUGACGACGAAAAGAAUGCGAACCGUUACUAAUUAUUUCAUAGUGAAUCUUUCCAUAGCGGAUGCCAUGGUAUCCAGUCUCAAUGUGACGUUCAAUUAUAUUUACAUGCUGGACAACGAUUGGCCUUUCGGUGAACUAUAUUGCAAAAUAUCGCAAUUUAUAGCGACGCUGAGCAUAAGCGCUUCGGUGUUUACACUAAUGGCGAUAUCCAUCGACAGGUACGUUGCCAUUAUGAAGCCGUUGAAGCCACGCAUGAGUAAGCGGUGCAAUCUGGGCAUUGCGGCCUUCAUUUGGAUAGCCUCAAUUGCGAUUUCAUGCCCCAUGUUGUUCUUCUUUACAACCGGCGAAGUCGAACUGAAGGAUGGUACCCGAAUUGUAUGCUACGCCGAGUGGCCUGAUGGUCCCACGAAUCACUCGCAACAGGAAAAUGUUUAUAAUAUCGUUUUUAUGAUUCUCACGUAUAUACUGCCCAUCAUUUCGAUGACGGUCACUUAUUCACGAGUCGGCAUUGAGCUUUGGGGCUCAAAGACGAUCGGAGAGUAUACACCCAGACAGGUGGAGAAUGUUCGGAGUAAGCGGAGGGUAGUGAAAAUGAUGAUGGUUGUGGUGCUGAUAUUCGCCGUUUGUUGGUUGCCCUUUCAUAUCUAUUUCAUAGUCACAUCAUGUUAUCCAGCACUGACACAGACUCCUUUCAUUCAGGAGGUCUAUUUAGGCAUCUAUUGGCUGGCCAUGAGUAACUCCAUGUAUAAUCCGAUUAUCUACUGCUGGAUGAACUCAAGAUUCCGUUACGGCUUCAAGCGAUUCUUCCGUUGGUGCCCAUUCGUUAAGGUCGACGAAUCUCUUAAUCGACGCGACAAUAUGACUUCCCGGUAUUCCUGCUCGGGUUCACCGGAUCAUAAUCGCAUCAAAAGGAAUGUUGGACAUUUCCCAGUCAAUUCAUCCUUUUGUGUGUCUCUUGCAGAUACUCAGCGCUCAUUUUUGUACACCUGUCCGAGCUCGCCAAAAAACCGUCGCGUAGCUUCACAUUAUGGUAUGUUACGUAAUUCCACAAUAGUAUCCCAUCGAGAUCCGAUGCGACACUCUGCGCCAAUUGGCACCAACAACACCGGCGCAUAUCACCAACGCUUCACCAUUAGUCACUGCGGCAAUAGUCACGAGCUUACAUCGCUGACGUCGUUAAGCGGCGCACCGGGUGCGGGACAAUAUGGCAUCGUAAUGAAAGCUGAGCCCAUCAAAAUGGCGCUGCGAAAUGGCAGCGCACAACAAGUGUCAUUGCCAUUGUGGCCAGCGACAGUUGAAACAACCGACACCGAAUCAUCAACAACAACACCGCCACUGCUGCCGCCGCCAUCCACACUUGGCGUUGGGGAAGUCGUAGGUGUUGAAGGUUGUCGUGUUGGUGAUGCUGAUGGCAGUGUGUGCCGUGUGGAUGAGACAAACGUGCGUGUCGCAUCUUGACAGUGUGAAGGCGCACGCAACAACAACAACAGUGGUAGCGUCAAAGUAGUUGCGGAGCGUGACAAGUACAGCAAUGGUUUAGCAGACGGUUUGGAAUAUAAAAAUGUCAACGGUAGUACAAAAGCUUAUGCUAUUAGCAACAGCAGCAGUAACAACAAUAACAACAAGCAUCGGGCGAUAGAUGCCACAGAAAGUGGCAACACAAUAGGUGCCCCAAUAACAAGCACAACAAAAGCCACAACAACUACACUGCUGUCGACCAACACGCCACGCGGCAUUUUCGUCUCGUCUACGACAGAUGAUAAAACAUGGCUGUAAAUUAGCCGUAUAAGAGAUGGUUUAGGGAAACACAUGCUUGGCAGACACAGCCCAGUGGGUGACCAGAAUAAAAACAACAACGCUGGGUUGUCCCAUGUCUCGUAUGUGAAUGGUCGUGAUAAAAGUUGACACUGGAAAGUGUGUUACGUCCAACACCUGGUGGACGAUAUGAAGAAGAUGUGCUGCGCAGUUCUGGUGAUAUCGUUGCUGAUAACCAUUGACAUAUCUAAUUUUAGAAAAUUUAGUUUGAAAUUUAAAAUAGUAAGAGAGAUAGUGGAAAAGAGCGGUCUGCGCUGCUACAAAUUUAAACAGCUAUUCCAUUCGUAGGUGAUAUUUCUUGAAACCAAAUUGGCCACUCUUGACCUAAAUGCGGACAAUGUGAUUCUUUAGAGGCAUUAUAACCUCAAAUAGUUACAAUGAAAUAUUAAACACAAACUCACGUACGACCCUAAGAAAACUAAGCAAACUAAUGGAAUUGUAAUAUAUUAAUGAAUUAUGGUUUAAAUGCGAAUUAUUCAUAGUUAGACCACUUAAGACAUAAGCUGCUGAAUGUAACAUACAGAAAAUAUUAAAGUUAUUUAAAAUAUAUGUAUAUUUACAUAAAAGCUCGAACUCGUAUAAAUGUAUAAAUGUCAGCACAAGGACUAAGUCAUAACAGCCUUAAAGUGCUUAUGUAUAUAUGUAUGUAGAUAAGAAAAUAUUAGAAUACAAUUGACUAAAAAAGUUUAUAUUUUAAGCUUAGUGUUUCACUAUUAAGCUUUGCACUCACAUAUGUAAAAAAAAACUCACUAUACCUUAUAUUCGAAGUAAAGGGAUUCACGAAAGUUUAUUGAGUAAACAAUAUAAAUAAGAACAGACGUGUUCGAAAAACUAAGAGAAACCAAAGUUAACACAGAAAUCCAUGAAUAAAAUUUUUCGAAAGUGUUUUAUUUUUAAUUUUUUUCGGCAAACAUUUGUGCAUGGCUAGAGUUUUUAGAAAACCCAAAACUUGGUUAUAAAAUGCACAUUAUAAGCCCGAAACAGUCUGUUCGAAAAAUAAUAUAAUAGGUGUACAAAAAUGUAUUUACUGUAGAUUAAAGUACACGACUGUCUUUAUAUUUGGUCAACUAAGUACCAUAAUUUGUUAUUACUUUUGUACGUCUGCAGUACAAGGAAUCUAAACGAGCGCGCCAUCUAGAGAGUAGUAUUUUUCGCAAGCAUUUUUUGUUAAUUUUCCAUAAUUUUUACAAAUAUUUUGGUUUGCCGUGUCCCACGUUUAAGGAAACCAUACCGUCUUCUUUCAAUUAAUGACCUUUGUCAGUUUAUUUUGCAAUGGUUCCUACAAGGUGUGUUCCAAAGUAAAUAGGACGGGCGCAACGUCUUGGGGGCGGCAAAACGCUCUUCGAUGGUAUUUAAAAUCUCCGAUUCGGGCAAAAAUUCCUGCAAAUUGUGUUAAAAGUGUACAAAAUAUAGGGCGAAAAUGGAUUUUUUCUAUGGCUUUUAAUAAGAUGUCUUGUAAAUUUACUAUCAAACCUCAUGAAACUUGUAGGUAGGUAGAUAAAAGGGGCGGCAGAACAUCCUUGGCCCCGGACGCCCGAAGUUGUAGCUACGCCACUGUUGUGCUGUCUUCAUAGUCAAGCAGAAUAUGUAUUUAGAUAUUUUAAUAAUAUGAAAAAAGUUAUGAAAUACUCAAACAGUUAUGCACUAUUGAAAAAGGUAUAACCAUUUUAACCGUUGCCUGCUCGAUGGAUGUCUAAUAAAUUUUAGGAGAGAUUUUUUGAUAUGAACAAGUAAAUAAGAGUUAAGUUCAGGUUUAACUGAACAUAUCUUACUCUUGCAACUUGCAAGGAUUAAAGCCAGUGAAAUUUCUUGAGCUGCAAAAUAUCUACCAGAGGAUAUGUACCAUAUAUAGGUACAAAAUGUCUGUUAGUUAUACGGGGUCUAGGGCGACUUUUCACCUAACACAAAUAUGCACCGUUAUAAGAAAAACACGAUCUCUCAAUUUCAUUAACAUAACUCACAUAUUGUCCGAUAUAUGGGGUAUAAAGUCGGAAUUUCGAAAGUCUUUAUUCAGGUAUAUGGCGGCUACGGAAAGAAUUGACUCCAUUUAAAGCACACCGACGUACCGUUAUCAGGAAAGUAUUCUCACUGCAUUUCAACUAUAUAUCGCACACAUUGACCGAUAUUUUCGGUCAAAAGUCAAGUAUAAGUAGUGGGGUAAACAUAUUCUGUACCAAGGUGCUUUAACAGUUUUUCCGAUUUGCCCAAUUUUUCACUAUAUUUGGCAUACUCUAAAGGCAUUAUUCGUGCAAAGUCUUAUCCCCCUCAUAUUAAUUGUACACUUGAAAGAAAAGAAUCAGAUGGAAUUUGAAAUUGUGUUUUACGGGUAGUGGGCGUGGCUGUAGUUCGAUUUCGCCCAUUUUCCGACUUAAACAUUAAAAUAUCAGAAGAAUGCCACAUAACACAUUUGGUUCAAACGACCACGACCAUCCUCCAAUUUUGACUCCGUCUUCAUUAAAGUCCUGUCAUAUCAUAGCAGCGGGUAAAAUUUAAUGUCCCUAGCGUAUUUAGUUAUUGAUUUAAAGAGUUUUUUUUAACACUACCGUUAUGUAGGGAGGGAGCGGGGUUAUCAUCCGAUUCUAUUCAUUUUCACACUGUCGGUAAAAGUUCUUAUAAUAUUUGCUAGCCUAGGCGAAUUUUGUUGUUGUUGGCUUUGGAGAUAUAAACAUUAAACAUAUUAGAGAGAGGGUCACGCCCACUUUUUCAAAAUAUUUACCCACUGGUGAAUAAUCUAUAUUCAUUUAACUUUUGAGACAGUAUAUUUUUUACGAAGAAAGUUAUCAGUUUUCGACCAAGCAAAACAAUAAACAGACGCUAAUUCUCCUUAAAAAUAUUCCAUCGGCUAUAUUCCUCAACCCAACAUUGCAUUGAUUAUUUAUUUUAUAUAAAUAUACUUUUAACCACAAUUUAGAACCGGAAAGAGUUUUUCGUUCAUAACAAAACUAAAACUGAAUCUAUUAAAAAUUGCGUCAAUCGAAGAGGCUUAUGCUCUUAUUGUUUUAUUAGUAUUAUAACCGUUGGAAAAUAGUUUUCUAGUACAACACAUUAAACCUAUAAAUUGUAUUUUUUUUUAAUUUUUAUAUUGCAAAAUAUUUAAUCUAAGCUGGUUAUCAUAAUUAAUGCCAUCCUGCCACUUUAUUGAACUUUUGUUAAUACCCACGUAACUGAGAGAAAUACAAUAAAAUACUCGCGAAAAAAUAAGAACAUAACUAUUUUAUUUUUAGCUAAUAUAUUUAAUUAUUUUUUCAUAUAUUUAAGUACAAUAAAUAAAACAAGUAUGCAAUAAAUUCAAUUUUAUGUAAGGUUGUAUCAAAUCACUAAACGUUACAAGCUGUUCCAACAGAUGGAAUUUUGUGCACAUCAAAGUAGUAUAUACCAUACAAAUAAAAUUUUUAUUUAAAACUGUUAAAAAA